GGCUUGUUAGCGAGAUAAACAAGCAGCCAGCCAGCCAGGCAGCCAGCAGCACAGAGCAGUCGGAGGAACAUGGCGGCAGUACAGUUAGCUAGCUGUAGAUGUGUUUCCCUCAGCGGAAGGUCAGACCGGGUUUAACACACGGGGUUUAACACACGGGAUUUAACACAGCACAAAGCCACGGAAACUUUCAAGUCACGCUGAUAUGCAGUGAGGAUGAGUGGCGUCGGUGAAAACCUCUCGGACCCUGCUGCCAGGGCCGAGUCACGGAAACGCAAAGAAUGUUCCUCUGACCUACUGGGUCCCAGCCUCAAACGAAGCAAUGAGAUGAGAAACCGCGAGCAUGAGAACAAGUACAUCGAGGAGCUGGCCGAGCUGAUAUUCGCUAACUUCAACGACAUCGAUAACUUCAACGUCAAGCCUGACAAAUGUGCUAUCCUCAAGGAGACUGUCAAACAGAUACGACAGAUCAAGGAGCAAGAGAAAGCAGCAGCAGCCAAUGAGGAGGAGGUACAGAAGGCGGACAUCUCAUCAACGGGCCAAUCCGUCAUCGACAAGGAGGCUCUCGGACCAAUGAUGCUGGAGGCCCUGGACGGGUUCUUCUUCGUGCUGAAUAUGGAGGGGAACAUAGUGUUUGUGUCUGAGAACGUGACCCAGUACCUGCUGUAUAACCAGGAGGAGCUGAUGAACACCAGCGUCUACAGCGUCCUGCACGUAGGAGACCACGCUGAGUUCAUCAAGAACCUGCUGCCCAAGAGCCUGGUCAACGGGGUGCCGUGGUCCAGUGAAGGUCCCAGGAGGAGCAGUCACACGUUUAACUGUCGUAUGCUGAUCAACCCUCACAGUGACAACCAGGAGGAGACCAACGACCACGAGGGACAGAAACAGACAUAUGAGACCUUGCAGUGUUUCGCUGUCUCCGAACCCAAGAGCAUCAAGGAGGAGGCAGAAGACUUCCAGUCAUGUCUGAUCUGUGUGGCACGCAGGAUGCCCAUGAAGGCGAGGCCAAUUCUUCCCACGCACGAGAGCUUCACCACCCGCCAGGACCUGCAAGGUAAGAUCACGUCACUAGACACCAGUCUUCUGAGAGCCUCUAUGAAGCCUGGCUGGGAAGACCUGGUGAGGACAAGCAUCCAGAGGUUUCACCUACAGAACGACGGAGAGAUGUCCUUCGCCAAGAGACACCAACAAGAGGUGUUGCAUCACGGCCAGGCGUUCAGCCCCAUCUACAGCUUCUCUCUGUCAGACGGGACCAUCGUGUCGGCUCACACCAAGAGCAAGCUGGUCCGCUCCCCUGCCACCAACGAACCCCAGCUCUACAUGUCUCUACACCUGCUACAGAGGGAACAAUCAAUGUAUGAUCUGGGACCGGGUCAAGACAUGGGGCCCGGUGGACAGCAGCAGGGGCCAGGGAUCAGCCCCAACCCCUCCAUAACCCCUCCAACCCAGGGGACCCUCUCUGGUCUGGGCCCCCAGGGACAGGACACUACAAUCAGCUCCAACAGCACGUUCUAUUCCCCUCUUCAUGGAAGUCCAGUGUCCAGAGAACCAGGGCUCGGACCCAUGGGGCCAGGGUCCAGAGAACCAGGGCUCGGACCCAUGGGGCCAGGGUCCAGAGAACCAGGGCUCGGACCCAUGGGGCCAGGGUCCAGAGAACCAGGGCUCGGACCCAUGGGGCCAGGGUCCAGAGAACCAGGGCUCGGACCCAUGGGGCCAGGGUCCAGAGAACCAGGGCUCGUACCCAUGGGGCCAGGGUCCAGAGAACCAGGGCUCGUACCCAUGGGGCCAGGGUCCAGAGAACCAGGGCUCGGACCCAUGGGACCAGGGUCCAGAGAACCAGGGCUCGGACCCAUGGGGCCAGGGUCCAGAGAACCAGGGCUCGGACCCAUGGGGCCAGGGUCCAGAGAACCAGGGCUCGGGCCCAUGGGGCCAGGGUCGGAACACAUACAGGACUACCACUACGGCUGCCCUCCCCAGCCCGUGGGCCACCCCGGAGGGUUACAGGGAGGCGUGGGCAUGAACCUCCCCAUCCAUCCUAACCAGCAAGGGGCUAAUUGGAGGAUGAGCAGCCCGUCUCGAGGUAGCCCUAGCCCAGCCGGAGGGGCCCAUCCGGGGCAACAGAUUUCUAUGUUGUCCCCUAGGCACCGGGCGAGUCCAGGGAUGGCAGGGAGCCCUCGCUUGGCCCCAAGCCUGCACUCGCCCUCCCCUGUGGGGAUGUGUGGGUCUGGAACAGGGGUCGGGAUUGGAGGUAGCGGUCCUGUGGCUAACAGUCACAGCUACGGCAGUAGUUCUCUGUCGGCCCUGCAGGCUCUGAGUGAGUGUCACGGGGUCAGACACGGCAGUGGUGGACACACACACCCUCACGGCGCCGUGGGCCAGCAUCCUCAAACACACGCCCUGGGAUCACCUGACAGGAAGCUGAUGGGAUCACCUGACAGGAAGCUGAUGGGAUCAGGAGUCAACCCUCCCAUGAUGUCGAAGCUUGGCGGCGGUAACGGAAAUGGGGACUCUUUGGGCGCUCACGGAGAGCAGGAACAUGGUCAGAGUGGACAGUAUGACCAGAGACAUUCCGACGGGAACGGUCGCAGCGGUAACCACGCUGACAUCACAGAGGAGAGGGAUGACCUCGAAGGUGGCCCCGACGCACAGAGCCGUAGUCAACGCUGUGACAACAAGGGCCACACCAAACUCCUCCAGCUUCUCACCACCAAGUCCCAACCCCUCGACACCCCUUUGUCCCCCAACGGAGGAGGGGACUCCAAGGACCCCUCGUCAGGCCUGGGGGGCCCUUACGGUCCAGGGGCCCCAGGGGGCCACGCCACCUCCCUAAAGGAUAAACACAAGAUACUUCACAGGCUGCUCCAGAACAGCACCUCUCCUGUCGACCUGGCCAAGCUCACCGCUGAGGCCACGGGCAGAGAGCUGGGGGAGCAAGGUGGGGGUGGUACGGACAGGAACCUCACCCCCAAACAGGAGCCCCUGAGCCCCGAUAAAAAGGACAACGCCCUGCUGAGAUAUCUGCUGGAUAAAGAGGAGAUUGGGAUGAAGGCGAGGCAGGCGAAGAUGGAGGGAGCAGGAGGGGAGGUGAAGAUCGAGAAACAGGAUUCAGGAUACGACCGCGCUGAACAGUCUUCAGAGCUGGAUGAAAUCCUAGGUGAGCUUCAGUGUGUCCAGCCCGUCUCCCUCCCCUCCUCCCUGGACAAACACACCAUCAUCAACGACAUACUGCACAUCACCCAGGAAACCAGCCCUGGCAACCCCAACGCCAUGGCAACACAGCAGCAGCAGAGGGGCAUGCAGCGAGGCAUGGGGCCAGGCAACUACGGAGGUCCUGGGGUCCAGGGUCCAGGUAGGGGUUUGCCUUUGAGGAGUGUAUCCCUGGAUAUGAACAUGUCAGGGGGCCGGCCCCCCCAGGGCCAGUAUCCCCCCAUGAGGACCCCCAGCCCCUACACACUACAGCAGCAGCAAGGCAUCUUGGGAAACCACGCCGCCAUGAUGUCCAACCAGGCCAACCUCGCAGGUCUAGUGGGUGGUCCUCGGCAGGGCAUGCAGCACCAGCAGGAGGGGAGUUGGGGUCCUGGGGGCCCGGGUCAGAGUGGUUCAGUCUCGGUCCCUCCUCCUGGUGCCCCAGGUCAACAGGGGACGAUGCACAGCCGUAUGGGGCCCAACCCUGGAGGCCCCGGGGGCCUCAUGAGACCCAACAGUCUACCAGGACCUGCACCCAGGCAGAUCCUGCAGUCGCAGAUGAUGGCCAACGAGAUGGGCAUGCGGGCCCACCAGUUCUCCCAGCAACAGGCUCCACCCAAUCAGACGGCUCCAUGGCCAGACAGCAUGAUACCUAUUGAGGCCUUCAACCAGAACAGGUCUGUGUAUGCCCCCCCCCAGCAGCAGCAGGAGGAGGAGGUGUUGUGUGGGGGUCCGGGGCCCGGUGGCCAGGGGACUGGGGGUCCUGGUGAUGGGGGUUCUAGUGAUGAGGGGGCUCUCAUGUCCCAGCUCUACACAGUGCUGAAGGACUUUGAUGGCCUGGAGGAGAUAGACAGAGCCCUGGGGAUACCUACUCUGAUGGGACAGGAGGAGCGUGAAUUUAAAGUUUGGGGAAGUUCUUUUUUUCAUCAGCCCCGGCAAGAGACGCAUUCGGAGCUCAGCCCCGGGCUGGAAGAUCGGGCCUUUUUAUUAAACAACAAUUCAUGCAAUUCUACAACACAACAUGAAUGGAGACAGACUAGCACAAUCUUUUAAUGCAAUACCACAAAAAUGACCGAGUACUCUGCAGGCAAAAACCCCCCCCCAACCUGGUCUUAAAUCUAACCGUAUGAUAUAAUCUCAGCCUGCGAAAAGGAGACGCUGUACAAGAUGACAUUCAUCUAACCUGAAGCAGGAAGUUGUGACAUUCAUCUAACCUGAAGCAGGAAGUUGUGACAUUCAUCUAACCUGAAGCAGGAAGUUGUGACAUUCAUCUAACCUGAAGCAGGAAGUUAUGUGACAUUCAUCUAACCUGAAGCAGGAAGUUAUGUGACAUUCAUCUAACCUGAAGCAGGAAGUUAUGUGACAUUCAUCUAACCUGAAGCAGGAAGUUAUGUGACAUUCAUCUAACCUGAAGGAGGAAGUUAUGUGACAUUCAUCUAACCUGAAGGAGGAAUUUAUGUGACAUUCAUCUAACCUGAAGCAGGAAGUUAUGUGACAUUCAUCUAACCUGAAGCAGGAAGUUAUGUGACAUUCAUCUAACCUGAAGCAGGAAGUUAUGUGACAUUCAUCUAACCUGAAGGAGGAAGUUAUGUGACAUUCAUCUAACCUGAAGGAGGAAUUUAUGUGACAUUCAUCUAACCUGAAGCAGGAAGUUAUGUGACAUUCAUCUAACCUGAAGCAGGAAGUUAUGUGACAUUCAUCUAACCUGAAGCAGGAAGUUAUGUGACAUUCAUCUAACCUGAAGCAGGAAGUUAUGUGACAUUCAUCUAACCUGAAGCAGGAAGUUAUGUGACAUUCAUCUAACCUGAAGCAGGAAGUUAUGUGACAUUCAUCUAACCUGAAGCAGGAAGUUGUGACAUUCAUCUAACCUGAAGGAGGAAGUUAUGUGACAUCCAUCUAACCUGAAGCAGGAAGUUAUGUGACAUCCAUCUAACCUGAAGCAGGAAGUUAUGUGACAUUCAUCUAACCUGAAGCUGGAAGUUGUGACAUUCAUCUAACCUGAAGGAGGAAGUUAUGUGACAUUCAUCUAACCUGAAGCAGGAAGUUGUGACAUUCAUCUAACCUGAAGCAGGAAGUUAUGUGACAUCCAUCUAACCUGAAGGAGGAAGUUAUGUGACAUCCAUCUAACCUGAAGGAGGAAGUUAUGUGACAUUCAUCUAACCUGAAGCAGGAAGUUAUGUGACAUUCAUCUAACCUGAAGCAGGAAGUUAUGUGACAUUCAUCUAACCUGAAGCAGGAAGUUAUGUGACAUUCAUCUAACCUGAAGCAGGAAGUUAUGUGACAUUCAUCUAACCUGAAGCAGGAAGUUAUGUGACAUUCAUCUCACCUGAAGCAGGAAGUUAUGUGACAUUCAUCUAACCUGAAGCAGGAAGUUAUGUGACAUCCAUCUAACCUGAAGGAGGAAGUUAUGUGACAUCCAUCUAACGUGAAGCAGGAAGUUAUUGUCCUAAGCCAAUGAUAAAGACUGAAUGUACACACACACCAGGACUAUGGGCCAAUAAGACAGGCUGUAGGGCUACUGUCUCCAUUUGGGACAGAUCUGUUUUUGUUCUUUUGUGUUUUCCCCGCUAUGCAUUUUGCAAUAUUUUCGAUAGGUCUGGGGCUAUUUUAGAUGUGUUUUCACUGACAGACUCAACAGUUAGCUAUUUGAUAGGCUAUUUGCCACGUGCGCUGACAAAAUAACUUUUGUACUUUGUGAUUUAAAACGAUUCACAGCUAAAUCAUUCUCUCUCGUGUAGUAUUUUGAAAUAUGUUAUUCCACUUUGUACAGACAGGAAUAAUGAUAUAAUAAAACCUUUUAUUUAACUAGACAAGUCAGUUAAGAACAAAUUCUUAUUUCCAUAAUGACGGCCUAGGAACAGUGGGUUAACUUUGGGAGGACCAUUGGUACUUUAAUGGGUUACAGAGUUAAUGUUUAAGUUAAUUCAUUGAGCUUUAUCUAAAGAUAUUUUCUUUACAGUUAUUUACAUAUGUAAUUGUAUUAGAAUUUGUGUGUUGGGAGAUUGAGAGAACUACAUACAUAUUUUGUUAUAUUGGUUAGUAUUGAAUUACGCCUUUGACUGCAAGUUCCAGAAUGCCUUGCGACAGGAAGUAGAGAGAGAGCACGCCAAUCACAAGUGACAAGUGAUUAUCCGGACUUUUCCCUAGCAACCAACUUUUAUUGUUUUGUAGAAUCUAAAGUUGUUAAAUGUAACGUGAACAAGUAUUAUUACUAAAAUAAACUUUCAUUACAAA